AUGGUGGAUCCAGUUAUGGUCUCCUCUACCAACAAACCCAUCUUCUUCAUAGAUCUCUCUGGACAAAACUCCAUUCCUAUGAUUCCGGAUUCGUUUAUUUCGAAUCACGUGAAGGGUAAAACUCAGUCAACGAAACUGAAACUGACUUCGGAUGUUUCGGACACAUCAUGGGAAGUUGAACUGGACGGCCAGAGAUUCGCUCGCGGAUGGAAACAGUUCUCGGUUCACCAUGGCGUCCGAAACGACGACGUUUUGAGUUUCAGGCACGACGGGGACAUGGUCUUCCACGUCACGCCCUUCGGACGUAGCUUCUCUCAUCAGAUACAGUUCAUCUCUUCUACAUCCGAAGAUAAAAAUGAUGAUGAUGAACAUAAUAUCUUUGAUGAUGAUGUUUAUGAUGAUGACGAGGAACAUGCCGAUGCUGGAGAUGAUGAUGAUGAUGAUGAUGAUGGAGAUUCGACAUCGGAAGAGGAAUUAUUUCCUUCGUCCAAGAAGAAAGCAAUAGCAGAAACAGAGUCUUCACUAGAUGACUCUUACCUUGUUGCGCACGUCACAUCUUCAAACCUAAACCGAAAUCAUAUGGGUAUUUCAAACAAAUUUGCCAGGCCAAAUGGUCUGAAAAACAGACAGUGUGAGAUUGAUCUACUCAACGAAGAAGGCAAAUCUUGGACUCUGGAACUUAGACACAACAAAACAACUGGUCAAGCUUAUAUGUGCAGAGGCUGGACAAGUUUCUGCCAAGGAAAUGGGAUCAAAGCCGGAUCUUCUUGUAGAUUUAAACUUGUUAAAAACGGAACCAAACCGGUGCUACAGUUGUGUCCCAAUACCUCUACCAUUCUUCACAAAAAACGUGACGUUCCUGAAACAGAAGGUGAUGAGAUUGGAUACGAGGAUUGUUCAGAGACAGCUCAAAUGAAUCAGAACAGGACUGUGGCAAUAGAGUUUAAACCUCACAUGUUAAGGAAUGGUCAACUUCGAAUCCCUGCAUCAUUUUCAAGAGAGAACGGGAUUAAUGAAGCAGGAGAGAUAACUAUAGUGAACAAAGACGGCGUAGAGUGGAAGUUGCAUCUAGUUAGCGUCAAGGGACGUGGCCAGUUUUACGUUAAAGGUUUUAAAGAUUGCUUUAGAGCCAAUGGCAUAAAGAAAGUUGGUGAUUGCUUCACACUGGAUGUUGUUCGAGGAGGAAGUAGUCCCAUUCUCAAGAUCUGCUCCAAGAUAAAGGAAGCAUCAUUUGAUGGUAAUCAGACUACGAAGAGAAGACAGUCAAGGAUGAUUCAAGCACCAAGAGCUGAAGAAGAGAUGGAGACUAGGGUCCAGAAGAAAGCUCGAGUUUCCGCAGAAGAAGGAUCAUCUCGCCGUACCAGGGCAUCAAACAAAUCAAGUGUUGGUCCAGCAAACUUGCAGCACAAGAAACCACUUGAACCUUGCUCAAUCUCUGAUCAAGUGAAUAAGGUGAGACAGAGUAUUGUGCACACUUUAACAGAUGUAAGACAGUUUCGGUCGGAGCUCGAGAUAAAGGAACAAAAUCUAGAAACUUCGCUGCUGGAAAUUGAUGCCCUAGGUAUGAUCUGA